AUGGCAGCACUGAAAGCACGGAACAUCCUGAUCACUGGGGCCAACCGGGGCCUGGGUUUGGAGAUGGUCAGACAACUGGUGGAGAUUCCUUACCCUAACCGCCAGAUCUUUGCCUGCUGUCGUGACCCUGAUGGCCCCAAAUCAAAGGACUUGCGAGAGCUGGCUGAGAAGCACCCAAAAGUCAUCAAAAUCAUCCGUCUUGAUGUUGCUGAUGCAAACAGCAUCAGAGAAGCUGCUAAGAAGGUGGGCUCACUACUGGAGAAGAAUGGUCUUAACCUACUGGUCAACAACGCUGGUGUGGUGAAACACACCAACUUGCUCGACACGUCUACCGAAGACAUGUGGAACAUAUUCGACGCCAAUGUGAUGGGACCUUUCACUGUUACCAAGGAAUUCAUACCAUAUCUGCGUACUGCAGUCAAAGCCAGUGGGACUCCGGGUAUGUCCUGUGACAAAGCGGCCGUCAUUAACGUCUCCACCUACGCGGCGUCUUUGGCAUCUGUCGAUAAGACAUACCCCCACUGGAUUGCGUUUCCUUACAAUGUCACCAAGACAGCUCUGAACAUGAUGACAGUCUUGGCUGCUAUUGACUUCAAGCCUGAGGAGAUUCUCUUCACUGCCCUGCACCCCGGCUGGGUUAAAACUGAACUGGGAGGUGAAGGGGCAAUGAUUGGUGUCAGAGAGAGUAUAGAGGGUAUGCUGCAUGUGAUGAGCGGCCUCACUGAGAAACAGAAUGGAGCCUAUAUGGACUACACUGGGAAAACUCUGCCCUGGUGA